CUGUCUGUCUUUUCUUGAAGUUUGAUCUUGAAUAUCUUGAUCAAAAACGUGUUUUUGACUUGACUUUUACGUUUGGUUGGGCCGACUUUUACUGAAUUUUUGUGGAUAUUCUUUCUUAUAAAAAUGGCAUUACGUGUCCAAUUUGAAAAUAACAAUGAAAUAGGCGUUUUCGCCAAACUUACAAAUGCCUACUGCCUUGUAGGAAUAGGUGGUUCAGAAAACUUUUACAGUACAUUUGAAGGCGAGUUAGGUGAAACAAUACCAGUAGUACAUGCUUCAUUAGCAGGUUGUAGAAUUAUUGGAAGAAUGUGUGUAGGAAAUAAGAAUGGUCUGUUAGUCCCAAGUUCCACAUUCGAUACAGAACUUCAGCACAUCAGAAAUGCUCUACCAGAUACAGUAAAAGUACACAGAGUAGAAGAAAGGUUGUCUGCUCUUGGAAAUGUGAUAGCUUGUAAUGAUUAUGUAGCUCUGGUUCAUCCAGAUUUAGACAGAGAAACAGAAGAACUUAUAGCUGAUACAUUAAAAGUUGAAGUAUUCAGACAGACCAUUGCCAGUAAUGUAUUAGUGGGAUCAUAUUGUGUCCUCAGUAACCAAGGAGGUCUGUUGCAUCCUAAUACAACCAUAGUUGAUCAGGAAGAAUUGUCAUCAUUGUUGCAAGUACCUCUCGUUGCUGGAACUGUAAAUAGAGGUAGUGAAGUGGUAGGUGCUGGAUUGGUAGUGAAUGACUGGUGUGCUUUUGCUGGUAUGGAUACUACUUCCACUGAACUCACGGUCAUUGAAUCAGUCUUUAGGCUGAAUGAAGCUGCUCCAUCUAAUAUUACAUCCAAAAUGAGAGCAACUUUGAUAGAAAGCAUGUCCUAAAUGCCCCACCCAGUACAAGAAAUAUGUAAGGAUACUAAUAAUAAAACAAGUUUUUUAAGUUAUAUGUUAAAAUUCAUAAAAUAUUAAUUUGUAAAAAUGAUUAUUAUAAUAAAACGACACGCCUUUUAUAA